GGCAUUAUGUGUUGACUGACUCAUACCGUUGUGAGUGAAGCAAUCUGUAAGUGAGUGAGUCUUACAACUAAGCUCUCGGUGUUCAAAUCACGGAUUCAUUUUGGCCAACGCCCAGAUCGUUGACUACCCAAUUGUGUACUGCAACGACCUCUUCUCUCAAAUCACCGGUUACAAGCGAGUCGAAAUCAUGCACAGAAGUUGUAGCUGUUCGUUCAUGUACGGCGAUCAGACCAAACACGAAACGAUCAAGCAGAUCUAUGAGGCACUGAACAACUAUCGAACCGAGCAAGUGGAAGUUCAAUUGUACAGGAAGAAUAAAACUAUACUCUGGGUUUUGAUGCAUAUUUCUCCAAUCCGAAAUGAUCGCGACAGGGUGCUAUUGCUUCUUUGUCAAUUUAGAGACAUCACGGAUACGAAAGCUCCUUUCGACGAUGACUCGACAAAAGGCCUGGGGUGGAUUUUACAGUUGGCCAGGGUAGCACGACGUCGACAGCUGACUGACAUCGAACAUAGGGACAGCAAGGACAACACGUUGAAUUUCACUCAGAUGGUAAACUUCGGGAACGAACCGUACCCAAUGUACAAGCAAGAGACGCCGAAAACUCCGCCACACAUCAUCCUGCAUUACGGCGCGUUCAAGACCAUCUGGGACUGGAUCAUUCUAGCGGUGACAUUCUACACGGCGGUCGUUGUUCCGUACUACGUCGCAUUCAAGGUUCACACCUACGAAUCGCUGGUAGCACUCAUCCUUGACACGUCAGCGGACUUUAUAUUUGUCACCGACGUCGUGUUGAACUUCCAGACCACGUUCGUUGGGCCAGGUGGUGAAAUUGUAUCAGAUCCUAAAAUCAUUCGGCAAAACUACUUCAGGACGUGGUUCUUCAUGGACCUUCUCUCAUGUCUUCCUUAUGAUAAGAAUGGAAACAUGUUUACGGCUCUAAAGAUCAUCAGGUUGUUACGCCUUGGAAGAGUAGCGCGGAAGUUGGAUAGUUAUCUGGACUAUGGUGUUGCCACCCUGUUGCUGCUUCUAGCCACCUACGUGAUGGUCGCUCAUUGGCUGGCAUGCAUAUGGUACUCGAUAGGAGAGUACGAGACGAGAAAAUGGUUAAUACACCGAACGGGAGGAAAAUGUUGGCUUAUUCGUUUAGCAGAAGAGAUUGACACUCCGUUCAAUAUUACCUUGACUGGAGGGCCUUCGGAAGGAUCAGCCUAUAUAACAGCGCUGUACUUUACGAUGACUAGCCUCACUACGAUAGGCUUUGGCAAUGUCGCUGGUACGACAGAAUCUGAGAAGGUAUUUUGUGUCUUCAUGAUGUUGAUCAGCUCCCUGCUGUACGCGACAAUUUUUGGACACAUGACAACGAUCAUUCAACAGAUGACACUUGCGACGCAGAGGUACCGCGAAAUGAUCAGCAGUGUGCGAGAAUUCAUGAAAUUGCACGAAGUGCCUAAGCCUUUAGCCGAGAGGAUUUUGGACUAUGUGGUGUCAACAUGGGCUGUAAAUAAAGGAAUCGACAGCGCCAGGGUUCUCAGCUACUGUCCAAGGGAUAUGAAGGCGGAUAUCUGUGUUCACUUGAACCGGAAGGUCUUCAGCGAGCAUUCGUGUUUCAGACUGGCCUCUGAUGGUUGCCUACGAUCACUAGCGAUCCAUUUCAUCACCAACCAUUCAGCGCCGGGCGAUUUUUUGUAUCACACUGGUGAAUCUGUGGAUGCGCUUUGGUUUGUCGUGCACGGGUCGCUGGAGGUGGUUCAGGACGAUGAAGUGGUAGCUAUCUUAGGGAACGGUGACGUUUUCGGUGAUGACUUUUGGAAAAACGACUCAGUCGGUCAAUCGGUGGCAAACGUUAGAGCAUUGACAUAUGCUGAUCUGCAUACAAUAAAACGUGAUCCGUUGCUUGACGUGUUAAACUUCUAUCCGAGCUUCGCAAAGUCGUUCGCAAGAAGCCUCACUCUUACUUACAACCUGAAGUACAGGAUGAAGUUCCGCAAGAUCAUCGACGUAGAACGAGAAAAGGAAUGGGUGAUGCUGAAGAAGGAAGAGUUGACAAAAAUUCCCAGCGAUCAUCCGGUUCGCAAACUCGUUCAGCAGAUAUGCCAGAAAUACAAAUACCUCCUCUCGGUAAGGUUUUUCACUUGA